CUUCUCAGCUGAGCGAAGUGGUUCAGAUUCAGACUCGUAACACUUAAACUUCUUAACACCACAUCCAAACGCAAACCCAAACGUCAAUCAAAAUGGCAAGAAAGAUUAUUACAAUUGUGGGCGUGACCGGCACUCAAGGUGCUUCUGUUGCCGAUGUUUUCCUGAAGGAGGGAGGCUGGCAUGUGCGGGGCAUCACACGUGAUCCAAGCAAGCCGUCGAGCCAAGAAUGGGCUGAUAAGGGCGUCGAGCUUAUCGAAGGCAACAUCAGUGACAUUGCGACGUUGAAGUCGGCCUUUGCCGGAUCAAACGUGAUCUAUGGCGUUACCGAUUUCUGGGGCGUUGUGUAUGACCCCAAAACACAAGCCCUGGCAUCAUCAACCGGCAAGACCGAGACCGAAAUCGCCUACGAGGCCGAAAAGCAACAGGCUCGCAACAUUGCAGACGCUGCAUAUGCUACAAUUGAAACCUUGGAUCGACUAGUCUUCUCAACUCUUUCGCAUACGCGAAAGUGGAGUAACGGCAAGUAUACCCACAACCUUCACUUCGAUGCGAAGUGGGAGGGGGUGGAAUACCUCAAGGCUACCUAUCCGACACUAGACAAGAAGACCUCGUAUCUGCAGGUUGGUCUAUAUGUGACUAACUGGAAGAAGGGCUUGCAAAUGGCCCGGCCGAAUAAGCAACCUGAUGGCACUUUUAAGCUGAGUCUUCCCACAGAUGGUGACGCGCCGGUCCCACUGGUCGAGCCGCGACAGGAUACAGGCAAAUUCGCCAAGGCUCUCGUUCAGGUUGAGCCGGGUAAGAACCUGCUGGGUUAUGGCAGCUUAAUUAGCUGGAACGAAUUUGCAGCUCUGUGGGGAAAAGUCCAUGGAGUGACUUGCCGCUAUGAGCGUCUCGACCGAAAAGUCCUCGAAGCGGCCGUUCCUGGCUGCAUCGGCGAGGAACUGGCAGACAUGUUCGAGUACAUCGGAGAAUUUGGCUACGAUGGUCGUGAUCCAACCGUUGUUUAUCCCGAAAAUCUUGGCAUCGAUGUUCCGGUCUACACGAUGGAAGAGUAUAUCAAGGAUGAAGAGUGGCCUGAGGUUUGAUACGGUCGUCGCUCGAUACCUGGGCAUGGGGUCCUCAAACAUGAUGAAGCCGGCCUAUCUACCUAUUAGACCAAGAUGAAACAUCUGCGCCAAGGCCAAUGUAUCAGGAAGAUAACCCGUCUCUAUUAGACCUUGUAGAAAUCCAGUAGUUCCAGGCACGAUUUCCGUUAGGACUCAAUGAAUUCAAG